AUGAAGCUCCUGGCGAUCACGUCUCUCCUGUUGUUCGCUACGAACCAAGCAGCUGCACAUGGCCUGAUAACUCGUAUCAAUGGUGCGAAUGGAGUUCAAAUGCCAGGCCUGACAGUUAUCGACGGCACUCCUCGUGACUGCCCUUCUUCUGCAUGUGGCGGCCAGAAGGACACUGCGGUAAUCCGGGAUCAGGAGAUGGGCAGUGUCAAGGCGUCGGCACUAGGCCGCACUUUAAGCUCCGGUCCUGUGGAUCCUAAGAGAGUGAUCAUGAACUUCAUGACGCCUCAAACUGCGGCGCGGACACACGCUCGACAAUUCCUGAACGCCCGUCAAGUACUGAACGAUGCCGCGAGCGUCAUUACCAAUGCUGGAGGAGCUAUCCUCAACGGCGCGCAGGAUAUUGCUGAUAAAACCCCGUUUGGUGGCGCUAUCAAAGGUGCGCAGUCAGCUGUCGAUGAUGUGGCGGGAGCUAUGCCCGGAGAUAAACCUGGCGCGACUACGCCCGAGGGUACUGUGGAAACAGGCAUCAAGGACUUCGCCGGCAAGGGAGUGGACAAGGGCCUGCCCACUAUGUCGGAGGACGGAGUCAUCACAAUGAUUUAUCAUCAGGUGAAUCAGGAUGGAGCAGGCCCAUUAUCGGCAGAAAUCGAUGCGACGAGUGCGGGUGCCGACCCCAAGGCUUUCAAGUCAGCCAAAGUCAUCCAGAAUAUUCCUGGGGUUGCCGGGUUCUCGACUUCUAGUACCAUGGACUACGAGGUCAAAGUCCAAGUUCCUUCGGGGAUGAAGUGCACCGGUGUUAUUGGCGACAUCAAAGAUAUUUGCAUUGUGCGGGUCAGGAACAAUGCCAUUUCAGGCCCCUUUGGGGGCUCUGCGGCGUUCACAAAUUGA